UUUCAACAGAUGUACAAUACUGAGACUAGUCCCAAGGCAACUGCAUUACGUUCAAGAUCUAAUACUAUAUAUACCGAUAUUAGUAAUACAAAUUCAACCGUAAGCAGUGGAAGCAAUGGAACCAAAAAGAAUAGAAAGAAUUUAGUAUUAUCAACCUCAUUCUUAUCUACCAAGAGACCUGACAAUGGCCCUAUAUCUCCAAACAGUCCUUUACAGGGGAAAUGGAAGAAGAAUUCACUAAAUAAGAACCUUGUGAAGAUAAAGAAUGAUAUUAAUCAAUUGAAUCAAACUUUAUACCAAACGAAAAAGAAAAAGAAAGAUGCAGAGACAUUAUUGAAAUCCACAUCAUUGAAUAUUUAUACAGGUACUUAUUCUACAAGCCAUUUAGAGAAGCAUUCAAUGAGGAUAAAGGCUAAUACACAAAUUAGAGAAUUAGAUAAUUCAAUCAAGAAAUUAGAGAAACAAAUAUCCGAAUCCAAACUUCAGUACGAGGUCACUGUAAAAUCGAUAGAACCUCACAAUGCUUUAGAUGGGAACUUUCUGAACUCUGCAAAUACAUCAAGAGAAGAUUUAAUAUCGCAUAGUUAUGAAGAUGAAGGUUAUGAUACAGAAUUUGAAAGGCCGGAUACUUCAGAUAUAAGUUUACGUGAAAGCUUGCAAAGGAAAGAUGCUAUAUCGUAUGAUUCAUUAAUACCUGAUGAAGAUUUAAAUAUCGGAGAUGAUGAAUUUACAUAUUCUAGGAAAUACUCCACUGAUGAAUACAUUGCAGCAAAUAGAGAAACUGCCAUAUGGUUAAUAAGUGACUACAUGCAAAGUUUACAAACAUCAAAUACUUCAGUGGACUUUAUCAUUAGGAAGGCUAAUGAUUUUGUAACAAUUUUAAGGGACCAUCCAGAAAUUAGAGAAGACUUACUGCUGACACCUUUUCUUCCAACUUUGCAGCAAUUGCUACUAAAUGACGAUAAAUUUGUCGUUUCAGCUGCAUUUCGUAUAUGUAGGUAUUUGGUAGAUGGUCCACAAUUUAUAGAAACUCUAAAAAAGUUGGAGAUUGAUGCAUUCAUUGUAAUAUCUUUGGGAAAGGAAAAUAUAUUUCAAAUCGAAAGGGAACAAGCAUUGAAGCUUGCAAGAACGUUUGGUGAGCAUAAAAAACUUUCAAAAAGCAUGCUACAAGCACUCAUUAGUUGCAUCGAAAAGCCCGAAGAUUCUUUAAAGAAUAUGGCAUUGGAGACUUUAUUAGAAUUAUGUUUCAUUGAUCCAGAAUUAGUAACAGAAUGUAAUGGUAUUCGAGUAUUAGAGAAUCUAUUACAAGAUUAUUCUUCAUUUUCCUUAGCCAAGAUUAUCUUAGAUACAAUUUUACAAUUGAUAUCAACUCAAGAAACAAGGAAAUAUUUUUUAAAAGAUUUCUCUAUAUCAGUGUUGGCUACAACAUUUUCUGAUACCAACACAAAGUCAGCAUCAAAUGUGGAAAGGUUACAAAACUCUGCAAUAUUAAUUUCUAAGGCAUUAAAAAAUGCAGAUGGAUGCAGGUUAUUCUCAAUUAAUAAUUUCAAACCAUUAAAAGAUUUAUUAUCAUUUUUUGAAAUACCCCUAUGUGCAUCAUAUUUGGUAGAUAUCUUCCUUGAUGUUCUCCGAAUUAAGCCAUUACAAUACAAAUUCAAAUCGAAAUCUACGCAGAUAAUUGGAUACCCUGCGUCAUCAUAUCAAAAAGAUUGCAUUCCAAUAAACCAAAAUGUGGCGCUAUUAAUAUUGAUUUUGAAUAAAAGCAAUUUUGUCAAUCAAUUACUAAAGGUUAUCAAUAACAAUAAGAUCGAUGAAUACAAAGAUACUUUGGUUAAUAAAGCAAGAUAUUUAUUGAUUGAAUAUUUAAAUUUGGCAGCUAACUUAGUUGAUGCAGAAUUGACACUUUUCAAUGACGUUAUACCGAAGGGUGAUGUAUCAAUAUUUAGGGAAACAUACCAGUUUGGUAAGAUAACCUAUAUUUUAAAUAAGAAUAGGAAUACUUUAGGCUUAGAAAAGAUAAAUUAUACUGAUAAUAUUCAAAAAAUUUCACAGGAUAUCAAGGCAAAUACAUUAAUACGACAAGUCGAUGACUUAAAGUUUAGAAGAAUGGUAUUUGAUUCAAAAGUUUUACAGGUGAAGGAUUUUUCAUUAUGGAACUGGAAUGUUAUCCAAGAGCUUUUAGAAGGUCCAUUGACCAACGCAAGGCAAUUAGAAGAAUUGGGUAAAACAAAGUUUAUAAGGAAAUUGUUAGUCUUUUAUAGACCAUUAAGACAAAGGUUUUCGAAUGUCGACAAGAAAUCAAGAUUAGCCCAAAAAUAUAUUCAAGUUGGAUGUAAGUUUUUCAAAAUGCUGACAUUAACAUCAGAAGGUAUGAAAAUACUUAUGGAUGAUAAUAAAAUCAUACCCCAAUUAGCUUCCUUACUAUUCCGUGCAAUGGAAGGUAAAACCGAUGGAAAUAUAUUUAACGAGAUCUCAUUGAAGACAAAAACAGUCGUCGGCUAUUUCAAAUUUAUUGGUGUAUUAACAAAAUCAUUAAAUGGUACCAAAGUAUUAGAUAAAUGGAAUUUUUUUACAGUUAUCUAUAAAAUGUUUCAAAUUGAGAACAAAUUGUCUUUCACAUAUUUAAUGUAUACCUUACCAGAGAUAGAUUUAAGAUUUUCACCACAUUGUCGUACAAUUAUGGGUAAGGCUUUGGUUAUAGGAGAUGAACAAAUAAGAUUAAAUUCAACACAGUAUAUGAGUAACAAUUUAAAAGAAAUUACCGAGAUGAUUAAUAACCAAGGACAGAAUAACAAUACCAAAGAGGCUUUGACACCUAAAUUGUUGUUAGAAUAUAACUCUUUACAACAAUAUAUGCUAGAGAUGUUGACAAGACAAUUAUUCGAUUUAUCACCAAAAGUUGUCGCAGUUGCUGAUCAAUCAUUAUAUGAACAUGUAGUUAGAGAUGAGAAUACUUCCACGGAAGUUGGUACCUGGCUAAGAACUUCAUUAAACCAAAUGGUAUUUAUCAGUUCACCUAUUUUAUUUGAACUAAUGAGUUCAAAAUAUGGGUUCCAAAUCCUAAAUGAGAUCCAAUAUAUUGAACAUGAGAGGGAGUCAUGGCUUUUGAAUAAGAACCUUGAAUAUGUUAGUAUAGUUGAAGAAUUCAUUGACAAUUUCCAAACGUUUGGCAACAAUAAUGUUUAUAAUUUUGAGGUUAGUAAUCGAUUACCAUUACAUUUCUACGAAAGUUUAGCGAAGACAGACGACGGUAUAAACCUUUUAACAACAAGUGGCGAUCUAGUAAAGUUUAUGAAUGUUAUCAAGAAGUAUAGGACUGAAUUAAAGAAUGGCGAUAAAGUCAAUGAGUCUCUAGAAGAUAUUAUAGAAUUAAAGUGUUGCAUAUGGUGUUGUGGGUACAUAGGAUCUACGCCAUUGGGUAUUGGCUUAAUUGAUAAUUAUUCAAUCGUUGAAGAUUUUAUUACGUUAACUUAUGAGGCGACGGUAACAUCAGUUCGUUCAACUGCAUUUUACGCAUUGGGGUUAAUCGCUAAAACUAAAGAAGGGUGUGAAAUUCUAGAUGAGAUGGGAUGGAUUUGUAGUUAUAAUGUCUUUGGAGAACCAGUUGGCAUAGCUACUCCGAAACGCAUUGAUUCUUAUUUAUCAUACAAAGAAAGCCAAUGGAAGAUACAUGAUACGUUUGAAGAGAGCAUGAUAUCCUUUGAUAUCAGUAGUGGUAAUCUCGUCGAAGAAGAAAAGAUAGUACCCAUCAAGAUAAAUUUAGACGACAUGUUAACUGAAAAAUAUAAGAACGAGAAUCCAUUAAUUGAGAACAAGGCUAUCAAGAGUGGCAAACGUAUAAGUAGUAGCAAAAAACUGGCUGAGAUAGAAUCAGACACAGGAGGAUAUGAUAAAAUAAUUGAUAAAGUGGUGGAAAGCGUCUGUGAAUUGAGCAAUCAUAUAUUGAUGAAUAAAGCGAUCAAAGAAAUUGGUGAAUUGAAAGAAGAAUAUGAAAUAGUAUUUGAAAAUUAUAAGAUGUUUUAUAAGAUAUUUGAAUUAAUGACAAAGUUUCGAUUUAAACCUAAUAUUCGCAAAUUUUUAUUCAAUUUAUUUAUCAAUAAAAAGUCCUUGAAGAAUGCAAUUGCACAGUCAUCUCAAUAA